AUGAAUCCCAUGAAUCCCUACCCACAUAGUCUUAAUGAGAGGAAAAGAGAGAGAGAAUGCGAACGCGGCCACGGACGACACAUCUCGGUUCGCUCCGUACUUUUACCAAAAUUAGACAGUGUUUUUUGUGUGAAAGUUGGUGUUUUCUCGUGGAAAAACGGUUGUUGUCGGUGUUUUGGCGUGGCGGCCGACGCACGCCGCCGCCGCGGCCUCACGCGGGGGCGGCUUUCCCGCAACUUUGACGUUUCUAGCCCGCUGUACGGUAUCACGAUUCGCGUCGCGGGCCAGUCUCGCAGGUUGGUCGCAACUCACAACGCCGGCAGGCAGACGUAAAAAAAUCCUUUUAAUAUUAAGCACC